AUGGAUGCUUUAGCAAUAAACCCAUCAUCAACACCAUCAACAUCACAAUCACAACCAAAACAAAAAUCAUCCACAGAUAUUCAAGAUAAAGAGAUCAGAUCACCAUUAGAGAAAUUUAUAAAACAAAAACCAGCUUUUGUUGGUAGAAUAAAUUUGUCAAAUGAAUUCACCCAAAAAGAAUUUUUACAAACUUUAAUUUCAACUAAAAAGAAACUUUACAACUUAUAUAUCCACUCUAAAGAAUUGGAAUUUCAGUUACAAGAAAGAGUUAAAACUUUAAAUGAAAUAAGUCAACAACAAUUAAAAAUUAUCGACGUUUUAAGAAAUAGAAUCGAAAAUAUAAAAGCAAAUCAAGAUUUAUUAAAUGAAAAAUUAAAGUACGCUUGGAAUAAAAAAGAAAUUUGUACUGAACAAGUUAACCAACUUUAUAAAUCUGAAAUGGAGGGUAAACCUUUAUCAAACGCUGAAAAUGAUUUAAAGAAGAAUCUUAGACAAAUUAAAGGUCAAGUUAAUAUUUAUUCUGAAAGACUUUCCCAAAUUUCCAACGAAUUAGACAAAAAUGAAGAAAAUGGUAUAAAUGAUAAUAGUAUUGAAUACGAACCAAUCCCAGAAGAUAGCCAUAGAGAAAUUAAAAAAGUUUUAAGCUUACAUGAUCAAAAGAUUGAAAAGGAUGUUAACAAAUUAUUAAACAUUUUUAAAACUAUUCAAAUAACAAAAUAA